AUGUUGCAUCGACUAUUUCAAUUAUUAUUCUUAUUAGAAAUUUUUAUUAUUCAUUCAUUUCAAUGGGAUAUUUUCUUAAGUUUAGACGAAACUGAUAAACUUUUAUGUUAUUCAUGUAAAGGUGAUGAAUGUAAACAUGUGACAAACAAUGAUUUAAAUAAAAUUCUUUGUGAUAAAAGAACACAAUUAUGUUGGGCUGGUUUUAUGGAUCAUCAACCUUAUAGAACAUGUGCUAAUCGUCAUUGUACACCAAGUGAUUAUUCACUUGAUAGUCAUAUUACUAUUGAAACAUGUUGUCGUUCAGAUUUAUGUAAUUCAAUUUCACUCUCUUCUCCAACAUUAGACCAAUCACACAAGAAAACUUCAUUGUCGCCUUUUGCUGAAACAUCUUCUAUUGCACAAACACCAGCAACAACCAGUACAUAUAUAAAGAAACAUACAACAACAAAGAGAGGUUAUAUUAUUGACACAAUAGUUCCUGGAAAAUCACCAGUAUCAACUGACACAGAUGCAUUCAGUGACGACGACGAAGAUGAAAAUUGGCUUAAAUUAAAACUCAAUGCAAGUGAUCCGAAUAGUUUUGGUGUUAAUUGGGAUCGUUUACCAUACGAUACAAGUUUUAGCAAUCGUAUAGCAUCAAUAAGUAGUAUUCUACUAUUUUUAAUAUCAAUUUUAUUAGUUAUACUUUUGUAA